CAAAAGUCUGGGGAAGCUUUCAGCGGCGACAUCCGCCUUUGACGGGUUCAGGCCGUCUUGCAAUCGACUGUGUGCCCUUCGCCAAUAUCGAAAGAGACUGCGCAAAAUGUCCCUGCGAUAGUUGGCAUUGGGUCAUUGACGAUACAAAGCUACAGAUUUACAGCCAUGAUACUGCGACCGUGGCUUCGACUGCCACUGCUGGCUUUGACAGCUUCCUUUUUCGGCCAUGUUGCCAUUGCUUCCAGCGCAAGCCACCACGAACUCUCGCUGCCAUCUUACCACUAUGGCGCUCCCAUUCGGGUUGAGUGUAUGAAUCGCAGCUCAGAAACGGGCGAACACGUAUCCCUCCCCGACUCCCCAACCCACGAAAUCCAAUGGAUCCCUUUCCCGAUCUGCAACGAGACGUCCUCACCGCUAGAAUUCCGGUACGGAAUCGAAGAAGAAAAAAAUUGCACAAUCCCCAUGAUUUCUGACCCCUUCUUCCAUCUCCUCGAGUUUUACGUGCACGCCGAUGCACCCCUCGCCUGCCGACUGCCCGCCCGGCCCCCGCCGCAUAUCGAAGUCGUAGGCCAGCGACAGCCCGAGCAAGAAUACAUCCCUCUGGUUUUUGCGCUCGCGGGGACGCUGCAGCUGAGCCACAUGCACAUAUCUACCCACAUGAAUGUUUUGCUGCACAGCACACCCAAGCAACAUGUCCAUCCGCACGACAGCGGUGUUCUGGAUUCUGCAACAGCAUACUCGACGAGCCCCUUGACACAUAUGGAAGGCGGGGACACUGUGAGACUGGUCAUUGGAGACCCGCUGCCUUUCAAGUUCAGCGUCAGGUGGUUCCCUACUCCUGCCCUGCCAAAAACUGAGGGAAGAGUCGAGUGGCAGGGGAUGGGAGGGCAUAUAUAUGCUUCCACAGUGUUUUAUUCACUGUUGUCCUUCGGGGCCGGAGUUGUCGUGGCAGGUGCGUACUUCUUUGGAGUCAUAAUGCCAAAGCGGUUGAAGGGGAGAACGCUGGGAGGCGCGACACCGUUAGGAUACGGCGUUGGAGUCGGGAAUGGAUGGGGUUACUCUGGUGCAGGUCAGAAGAGAGCUAUUGACUGAGAGGUUGUUUGGAAUUGACUGUGUAUCACCAGACGGGAAUUGGAGUGGACGGUGGGAGUUGGGCGCUUGGGGGUUCAUGACAUUACAAUGUUAUUUAUAUAAAUGCAACGGUGGGACUGUGGAAAACGUGUUUUCCAGCUACUCUAUCUCAUUGUUUAUAUUUCUGCUGCAUCAGAGGUAGCUACAUACGGAUGUGAGAGAACACUCGUAUUUAUAUCUUACAUCUAUCUACCUUAGGUACCUUAUGCUAGGCAUCAUUUGCAUAUAUUUGGAGCGUUUGCAAAGCUUGGAAGUUGCUCACAAAAAAUUGAUCCAUAUGCAGCCCAC